CUAGUUGAGGGUGGUUCACGUGGUUCAAGGCACGCCACAGCCUGCCUGGCCUUGGGGUGGGUGUCAAGGCUGUGGGCACAACUGUGGCAGCUGUGCGCAAGUACCCCGCCCUUGUGCGGAGAGUGAUCCAGGAGGGCGGGUACACACCCUGGCUGGUGUUCAGCAUGGAUGAGACUGGACUUUUCUGGAAGCGACUGCCUGCCAGGAUGCUCCUUUCCCUGGAGGAGAAGUCAGCCCUGGGGUGCAAAGCUGCCCGAGAUCUCCUGACGCCGCGGCUUGGUGGCAGUGCGGCUGGCGGCUUCAAGGUGAAGCUGCUGCUGCUGUAUCCCUUGGAGAACCUGCAUGCCCUCAAGGGUUGCUCCAGGCCCAACCUGCCCGUGGUGUGGCGUUCACACAAGGAAGCCUGGGUGACCACGAGCAUCCUCCAGGAGUGGUUUGUGCACUUCUGCCCAGCUGUGGAGAGGGACUGUGCCUGGUAUGGCCUCCCGUACAAAGCCCUGCUCAUCCUAGACCGUGCCCCUGGCCACCCUGGGAACCUGGAUGACCUCUCGGACCACGUGCGUGUGCUGUACCUGCCCAAGAAAACCAUGGCCCUCGUCCAGCCCAUGAACCAGGGCAUUGUUGCCACCUUCAAGGCCUUCUAUCCACGGACGGUCUUCCGCCUGUUGGCGCUGCGGGUGGGAGGCAGGGACCAGCAGUCGGUGGUCCUUGACUUCUGGCGAGACUACAGCAUUCUUGACACCGCCUACAACAUCUCUGAGUCCUGGGAGGAGGUCCCGCCAGCUACCCUGAAUGGGGGGUGGAGGAAGCUGUGGCGCGAGGGCAUCCAGCAGGAUGCCAACAGGCUGCAUGUAGCAACUCUACCGCAGAUCCUGCAGGACAUCCUGGCACUGGCCCAUGGUGUGGGUUUUAGAGAGGUGACCGAGGCAGAUGUGGUGGAGCUGCUGCAGAGCCCCGGGCGGGCUCUCCAAUGAGGAGCUGAUGGGACUGGAGAGGGUCAUGCGACUGCAGAGGAGGGUGAGGAUGGCUCGCCCAGCUCACCGCCAGACACCAGGCCAUGGCUUUGGCACACUGUGAUGCUGGCCUGCAGAUCAUCAGUGGCGAUGACCCCAACCUGGAGCGCAGCCUCAGAGUCUGCCGGGCCAUAAACAACAUCAUCAGCUGCUAUCGGGAGGCUUUCAAGGAGAAGAGAGGCCCCAAGUAGUGGUGGUGGUGCUGGUGGCAGGGGCUUGGGAGCGCCAGGCACACAGGACUCUGUCAGGGCGAGGGCUUCCUCAUGACUCCCUUUGUUCACGUUGAAGUUGCAAUGGCCUGAAUUUUUCCAUUUCAUUAUGUUAAUUCCCCAAAUGAUUUUUAUCAGCAAAUAAUUUCUUAUCCCAAGUGAACUUCUCAAAUACAUGGUUUUAAAAGCCGUGAUGAAUUCUCAAGUGUGAUUUGUGUGUGUGUGUGUGUGUCC